AAGAGAAGAGGAGAGGCAUUGACUGGAAGCGUACACAUGGAAGAGAAGAAAACGGCUAUUUCAUGUGCUCAGCGUGCAUGACCAAAGAGCGCGUCUGUGUGUGUGGAUUGUUAGUCACCUGCUGUUCCACAGCUAAAGGACAUACCAAGAAAUACAGACAGGCUGGGGAUAAAGGGCUGUGUGCAGAGGAUGAACAGGCGAUGUGGGCUCACUGGCUGUGAUCACUGUCCCUAGACCCUGCGGCCACUUGCACUGGUGCUGUUGUAGGCCGUUAGCCUCGCAGUUAGGUGGCAGCAGUCAGAGUGAUUGAUACAGAAUGAGCUCCAAGCACUCCUCCGACUGGAUUCCCUACAGCACUUUAGAUGAUGAGGGCACCAACCUUCGACAACAGAAGCUGGACAGACAGCGAGUGCUCCUUGAACAGAAGCAAAAGAAGAAGAGGCAGGAGCCCUUGAUGGUCCAGUCUAAUGUGGACGGGAGAUCUCGCACUCGUCGGACCAAACAAAGUGAGGAACAAGCUCCGCUUGUGGAAUCCUACCUCAGCAGCAACAGCAGCACCAUCUACCAGGUGCAGGAAGCUGAACAAGAGGAGGCGAAGGUGAUUGGGGACACACAGCCACCUCGCUCAGCUAAAAAGGGCAAAGCAUCGGCCAGCUCCACUCCACAGACAGGCAGUGACAAGAAGGAGAGGAAGGGGAAGCACAAAGCGGUCGAUGGCCUGGCUUCCCAGCAGGAUGAUGGUCAGAUCCAUAUCCUGACAGUGGGUCAUCACACCACAGAGGAGGGUGAGGCAGAGCCUGUCAUGAGCUGCACUCAAUCACAGAGUAAACAGGAUCUGCGCAUCACUAUGCUCAAGAAAGGUAUAUCCAGCAGUAUGAAUUUUGAUGAAGAAGAGGAUGAUGAAGAUGAAAUUAGCUCCAGUUCCUCACAGCUCAACACCAACACGAGACCAGGCUCCGCCACUAGCAAGAAGUCAUGCAAGGAGGUGGCCUCAGCACCCACUCCACCGAUCAGUGAGCCCGCCAUUGACGUAGAUGACCUUGAAGAGUUUUCUCUGCGGCCGGCACCUCAGGGAGUCAGAGUGAAGUGCAGAAUCACCAGAGACAAGAAGGGCAUGGAUAGAGGCAUGUAUCCCACCUACUACCUUCACCUGGAGAGGGAGGAUGGCAAGAAGGUGUUCCUGUUAGCUGGCAGGAAGAGAAAAAAGAGUAAAACUUCAAACUACCUUAUCUCCAUUGAUCCCACUGAUUUGUCUCGCGGUGGCGAGAGCUUCAUUGGUAAACUGAGGUCUAACCUCAUGGGAACUAAGUUCACUGUAUAUGACAGUGGUCUGAAUCCUGUGAAGAGCACCACCAGCCUUGAAGCCAGCAAUCUACGUCAAGAACUGGCAGCCAUUUGCUAUGAAACCAAUGUCUUAGGAUUCAAAGGACCUCGCAAAAUGAGUGUCAUCAUUCCUGGAAUGAACAUGGACCAUGAGAGAGUGUCCAUUCGCCCACAAAAUGACCAUGAGUCACUACUGGCCAGGUGGCAGAACAAGAACACAGAGAGCGUGAUUGAACUUCACAACAAGACACCUGUGUGGAAUGAUGACACACAAUCCUAUGUGCUUAACUUCCACGGCAGAGUCACUCAGGCCUCUGUCAAAAAUUUCCAGAUCAUUCACGACAAUGACCCCGACUAUAUUGUGAUGCAGUUUGGCCGUGUGGCAGAAGAUGUCUUCACCAUGGACUAUAACUACCCAAUGUGUGCCCUGCAAGCCUUUGCCAUUGCCCUCUCCAGCUUUGACAGCAAAUUAGCCUGUGAAUAGAUCCUGAAGUUCAGUGCUGAACUGGGCCAUCUGUCUUCUCAACAAGGGCUGUUAAUGUGUCCCUGGGGUUGGUUUGAGAGCUACAAAUCACCCUGUAUCUUGGAAGUCCUGCCUAUUCCAAAAUGCUUUAUGGGCAUCAACUUUUGUGUGUACAGUAUGUGUUUGGGGUGGGGGUGGGGGUCUCAGAAUGGGCUUGGUCAGUGGGAGAAAAUAAGCACAAAGAAUAAUUUACAUCAAAAUCAAAUUAAUUUGUUUUGAUAACUAUGCUUAUUUUGUACUGUAAUAGCAUUAUAAACGCAGACAUCUUUAUCUGUAAAUUAUAACUAACAGUUAAACAUCUGUAAGUUUUAAAACUUGACUGGAUUUUAUGUAGUCUACCACAUACAUAAAAAAAUCUCAAUGUCACACGUCCUCGAGCAUGAGCAUUGCUUAUACUUGUAUAGUUACUGAAUUUAAACCAACAUGCACGUCACAGUAUAUUUAUUUGUGUUAUUUAUGUAUUUAUUACAUAUUGAUUUUGUUUUAUCAUUUGCAGCAAUUUCAACUGUACUGGCUCCAAGGAGCUGCAAGCACAUAAACUUGCAUCACAAGAAGAAAAAAUGUCUUGUAUCCACACAAAACAAUUAGUGACUUGGACACAGGACAAAGGCAUGUUAACACUGUGCUGUGUACCAUAUACAAUAUUAUGUCACAGUGUCAAGUAUGUGAAUGUAUAGAAUGAUGCGCUGAUGGUGCACUUUACUUUGAAGUCUGUAGUGGAUGAGCUAUAGCUGUACAUACGUUAUUGUGCCUUUGAAGACUAAUUCCAGUGUUACGCUUUGGCCGUACAAUGAGCUGAGCUUGAAUUGGUCUUUGCUAUUCACGCUAUCCUCACAUGCAUUGAAAAUAUUUCUCUGUGGCAAUUUUGAUUUCUGUCGUCUAAUGCAAAGUUCAUUUAGACUUAUUAAAUAACUGGAGUUGCAAAAACUCCAGAAGAUAAUCCAAAGUGCACAUCACUGGACAAAAUUUUAGCGACUGUCCAUUUUAAUUAGUAGAUUUAGAGCCUUCAACACACCACACACUAAAGAGGUGAUUGACACUGUACUGUAAAUCAGGCAGCAGAUCUAAUUUCCAAGGCACUCAGGCUUAAGGUUGUGCUCAUAUCUUCUGAUGUUUCCUACCUGGAAAUAACUGAAUACAGUUGGACUUACUGCCAACCAACACACCGUGCAAACCUACCACAUCUAUCAGACAUUUUAUUUCUUGCUUUUUACAUCAUUGAAUAAUUUUUUGCUGUACUAAAUUUGAGUUUGGUGCAUUCCUCCAAUGACUGGCAGUUAGUAUUGAUAUUCCAUGGUUGAUUGCUGUUCACAUUUUUACUCAAAAUAUUAUUCCUCUAGCUCCUUACAGGGCACUAUCCUUUUUCAAAUAUAUAGUAGUAUUUUGUAUUAUAUGACCACUAAAAACUAGCAAAUGAAGGCAAAGAACAAUCUCUGAUACUACUAUUGUUACUGUGGGUUAAGAGGAAAUCUUUAUCAAAUGUGCUAUUCUUGUACUCAAUUGUGUUUUAACGAUUUUAAACUUCUAUUUUAAAACUGUUGAUGGAAUGUCUGCUUUUCAUACAUACAUGUGUCCACUUUCUGUUUUAGUGCUCUUGUUGUAAUGUACAGUAAACAGUGUACAAUUUACUGUGGUGGUAUAGACACAGUCCUUUGGUCAUGGCAAAAAAAAAACUUUAAAUAUUUGUGUUCUGUUCUCUCAAAUAAAAGCCAGA